UGAAUUAUGUGUCCGCACUGAUGUCCCUGCUCGCUUGUGUGAUUCAGGGCAUGUAUGAGCCCUGUGCAGCGAGCAGCUCCAUCCGACAGGCUUUGGAUGUUUUUACCUUUUCCUACUUUGUGGUGGAAAUCCUUAGCAAGACGGUCGCCCUGGGACUCUUUGGCUCCAGUGGAAGUGUCCUCACCAACCACUGGAACACAUUUGACAUCUUUAUCAUCUUUGCAGAGAUUGUGGACUAUAUUCUGAUUGACUUUGGGGUCAACAUUGAAAUAACUCAUGCUAUCAAACCAAUGCGAGUAAUCAGCAGAGUACCAGCACUGAAAGAUUUGGUGUCAGUACUCUUGGACAUCCUGCCAAUGCUUGGAAAUGUUCUCAUCCUCUACGCAUUUGUCAUCCACAUCUUUGCUGUUGUUGGAGUCCAGCUGUGGGCAGGGCAGCUGCUUAACCGCUGCUUCUUGGGAGAAGACAUUAGAACAAAGUACAAUGUAUCCCUAAGCCCAUACUUCAAGUACAUCUCUAGUGAAAAAGUUCCAUUUAUCUGUUCGCCUGACGCAAGCAGUGGAGUGAGGCACUGCAUAGAUAUACCACCUUACCGUGUCAAUGGGACAACCUGCACACUGACUGCUCCAAAUGAGUCAGUCGAUGCAAACUCUUGUAUAAACUGGAAUGUGUACUACAAUGUCUGCCAGCCAGGGAACCAAAACCCAAACGUGGGAGCGAUCAAUUUCGACAACAUCGGCUAUGCCUGGAUAACGAUUUUCCAGGUUGUCACUCUUGAAGGAUGGACAGAUAUCAUGCAUUUUUUCAUGGAUUCUUAUUCCUUCUGGAGUUUUGUAUAUUUUAUACUUGUCACCAUUAUGGGCUCCACUAUCAUCAUGAAUGUGUGUGCAGUCGUCAUUGCCACCCACUUCUCAGAGACCAUGGAAAGAGACACAGUAGAGCAUCAUGCUGGUUCUGUGUCGGUCAAAAGCCUCUGUUCCACGUUCACCUCUUGGCUGAGAAGAAUCUUCCACAUCAGCAGGGUGCACCUCAGUGACAGCACGGUAGAGAGAAAUGGCCCACUGGUUCAGGCCUGGAUCCCUCUCCAGAGAAAACUGAAAGUGAUUAUUGACAGCAGCCACUUCAACCGAUUCAUCAUGGCUGCCAUUUUUCUCAAUGUUUUCGCCAUGGCCAUAGAGCAUCAUGGCCAGCCUGAAGAGUUGACAGCAUUUUUGCAAACAACCAACUUAGUUUUCACCAUUCUGUUUUUGCUGGAGAUGAUUGUAAAGCUUCUGGCUCUCUCAUGGAUGUACUUUGCAGACCAAGACAACAUCUUUGACUUUGCCAUCGUGAUCAUCAGUUUAUGGGAAAUAACUUCCAACGCCGACAGCAAGCUGUCAGCUUUGCGUGCAUUUCGUGUGCUGCGGUUUGGGAGGCUUGUUCAUUUCCUCCCUUACCUGAGGAGACAACUCCUGGUGUUGAGGAGAACCGUUGGAAAGUCCGCCCCGCUCUGCUGGCUAAUGCUGUUUUUCAUUUUCAUUUUUAGUAUACUGGGAAUGCACCUGUUCGGUUAUAAAUGUAGCUUUGAGACAGAAUUUGGACAUGUCACUGUUGACCGAAAAAACUUUGACAGCCUACUCUGGUCCAUGCUCACUGUGUUCCAGAUUCUGACUCAGGAGGACUGGCAUCUGUUGCUGUAUAAUGCCAUGGCCUUCACCUCUCCAUGGGCUGUUACCUACUUUGUUGCCAUCAUUGUGUUGGGAAAACAUGUUCUCCUCAAUGUACUUGUAGGCAUAGUGGUUGAGAACUACCAGGCUAUGCCUUCUGAAAAUUCUGAGCAAGAGUCCUCUGCUGCUGCCUCUGUGCCUGGCAGCUCACUUCCAACCAGCUUGGUCCCCAGAACAGACCCUUCAAGAACCACACAAGAUUCUCUCUGUCCACAUAACCCCAGCAGAUCAGAUGUGACCGAGUUAUCCAGUGGGGAACAGACUGCACCAACAGAUGCUAACGUAGACAAUCGAUCUUUAACCUUGAUCCAGAAAGUGCACCGCUGGUGUAAAGCGCAUGAAGACUGGUCACUGUAUGUGUUUUCUCCACAGAACAGGUGCCGUGUAUUUUGCCAGCGUGUGAACUCUCACAGUACGUUUGACAUCUUGGUUUUGUUCUUCAUUCUACUGAGCUGCAUCACCAUUGCUAUGGAGAGGCCAAGUAUAAAACCUGAGCACACGGAAAGACAGAUCUUGGAUGUGUCCUCUUAUAUAUUCACUGCUGUCUUCUCGGUGGAGAUGCUUGUGAAGGUCAUAGCUCUGGGUUUCCUGUUCGGGAAGGAGAGCUACUGCAGCUCUUCCUGGAACAUCAUGGAUGGCAUAUUAGUGAUUUUUUCUUUAGCAGACGUCUUUAUCGAAGUGGUCACGUCUGGCAAAAAUAACGUGCUGGGCAUCCUCAAAGUUUUCCGCCUGCUGCGCACACUUCGCCCACUGAGGGUGAUCAAGCGAACCCCGAAACUGAAGCUGGCAGUGGAAGCUCUGAUUGCCUCAGUUAAACCCAUGGGGAACAUUGUUCUCAUUUGCUCCGUCUUCUUCUUUUUUUUUGGCAUUUUUGGGGUGCAGUUGUUCAAAGGGACGUUCUACCACUGUGUGGGCCAGGACCUACGAAACAUCACCAACAGGAAUGAAUGUAUCACUGCCAGAUAUACCUGGGUACGGAAGGAGUACAACUUUGACAACCUCCUUCAGGCUCUGAUAUCCCUGUUUGUGAUGUACUCUAAGGACGGCUGGGUGAGCAUCAUGUAUAACGGGCUGGAUGCUGUAGGAGUAGAUCAACAGCCUGUGAAAAACUACAACAAGUGGGUGCUCCUUUACUUCAUCUCUUUCAUGAUCAUGAGCUUUUUCCUUCUGGACAUGUUUAUUGGUGUAAUGGUGGAGACCUUCCACCAGUGUCAGCAGAAGCAACGACAAGGAGACGAGGAGUUGGAAGGAGAAGAGUUACAAGAACAACACACGGGUAAGAGAGUGGAGAGGCUAGAGAUACCUUACUACACACACUACUCCCCCAUACGGCGGGAUAUACAUACUUUGUGCACCAGCAAGGCCCUGGAUCUCUUCAUAACAUUCGCUAUUAUCGCCAGUGUCUUGGUCAUGGCAGCUGAACACCAUAAUCAGCCCGAGUACGUCCAGAGGCUCACAGAGUACUCUCAGUAUGUGUUCACGCUCAUCCUGAUCAUUGAAGUCCUGCUGAAGCUGGUGGCGUUUGGUGUAAUCAGGUUCCUGAAAAACAGGUGGAAUCUGAUGGAUGUCAUUAUAGUUUUGACUUCAAUCGUCAGUAUUGUUUUUGGCGCGAUGAAAAUGUCACAAGCAUUUCCAAUCAAUCCCAACAUCCUGAGGGUCUUUAGAGUACUCAGACUAACGCAAGUGCUGAAGGCCAACACGAUAAGAGUUUUGCUGAAAACCGUUAUUAAGACAGUGUUACAGGUUGGAAACAUUUCUCUUCUCUUCAUGUUCUUCUUCUUCAUCUUUGCUGCACUGGGAGUGGAGCUCUUUGGCAAAAUAGAAUGCAGCCUAGAUUACCCUUGCAAGGGUUUAGAUCGGCACGCCAACUUCAGCCACUUCGGGAUGGCCCUGCUCACGCUGUACAAGGUGUGCACUGGAGACAACUGGAGCGGUAUUUUGAAAGACACACUGAGAGAUUGUCGUCCUGAUGACAGCGAGUGUUCUAGCUACCUGCAGUGGGUUGCUCCCAUCUACUUGUCCAGUUUUGUGAUCAUGGCCCAGUUUGUGCUGAUAAACCUGGUAGUGGCAGCAAUCAUGCAGGCUCUGGAAGACAGCAAGGAGAACAAACCUACUAACAACGGACUCCCGCUGGAGGAGGAAAACCUACCAGCCACAUGAUGAGACCUCGCUGUCUCCAGGUAAACUGACACAUGAAGCUCCAGCCAUAUAUGUCCUCACAACAACACAAAAGACAGAGAGGACCCUCUGGUGAAGCAGGAACAUGGACGUUUGUAAAAUUACUGUUUGAGCCUUAUGUUCCUUUCAUUUUUAUAGAAUAAUUCAGAAUUGGUUAAUUUAUGAUUGUUAUAUAUUGUGAGUAGUGAUGUAAAUUUUGUAAAUAAAAUAUGAUAUAUUUAGUGUUUUUGAUGGUAGCUUUUAUCUUAAGGGCGUGA